GUCAGACUGAAACAGGACUGAAACCGUUGUACUGUUAGCAGACAGAAACAUUUAGCUGUAUUUAAACAGCUGGAUUGGACUGCGAUGGAUGUUCCCCAAAAGUGACAGCAUGGAAAAUCUUUCUGUAGAGCUCCUAAAUACUCUCAAGAACUUGAAGCAGGAUGACUUUGAACAAUUUAAAUGGUUUUUGAAACAGGACAACAUCUUGAAGGGUCAAAACGGCAUCAAAGAAGAUGAGCUGGAGGGGGCAGAAAGAUGGGAUACGGUUGAUCUGAUGCUACGCCGAUACAAAGGCCCUGGAGCUAAGCAGCUGGCAAUCAAUAUUUUACAGGCGAUCGGCCAGAACAACCUGGUGGAUCAGUUAAACAGAUUCUGUGAAGAACAAGAUUUCAACCCUCGACAUCUACGUUUUGUGACAGAAGGUAUUGGAGAAAAGGAAGCUGAGUUGGAAAAACUCCGUGAGUUUGCAGUGGACAUAGCCUUGGAUCCAGAUACGGCGCAUCACGAUCUUGUCCUCUCCAGUGAUGGGAAACAAGUUUACGACACUAAUGUGACCAAAGAUCUCCCAAUGACCUCCCAGAGAUUUGACACAUGUGCCAGUGUAGUUAGUAAGGAGACAUUUUCCUCAGGAAAGUUCUACAUUGAGGUUCAGGUUGAAGGGAAGACUAGUUGGUCUGUUGGGGUGGCCUACGAGUCCAUCAACCGGAAAGGGAAAAUCUUCCUCAGCACCGACAACGGCUUCUGGACCAUAUGGUUAAAAGACAAGGUUUAUGAAGCUUUGGCAAAGCCUGCAGUCAUACUCCCUCUGAAGUCCCGUCUUCAGAAGGUGGGAAUCUUUGUGGAUUAUGACAAGGGUCUUGUCUCUUUCUAUAAUGUAGAUACAGUAGAUCUGAUCUAUUCAUACAAAAAAUGCUGCUUCAAAAAGAAACUCCUGUUAUAUAUUAAUACAAGUAGUAACUGCAAUGGUAGAAACUCUGCGCCGAUGAUUAUCACUCCUGUAGUUGACAAGAUAAACAAAGCAACACUGAGGAGCAUCAAGGAGUUUGCAGUUGAGGUGACUCUGGAUCCAGAUACAGCACAUCCUGAACUAGUUUUAUCUGACCAUGGGAAACGGGUCCAUCAUGUAGAUGUGAGGAAAGAUGUUCCAGACAACCCAAAGAGAUUCAGUGACCAUGUCAGUGUUUUAGGAAAACAAAGUUUCUUCCAUCAAAGAUUCUACUUCGAGGUCCAGGUUAAAGGGAAGACCGACUGGACUGUAGGAGUCGUCACUGAGUCGAUUGAAAGGAAGGGAGAACACACACUGCAACCAGAAAGUGGUUUCUGGACAAUUUGUCUAAGGAACGGGGAAGAAUACGAGGCAUUUGAUAAACCAAUAGUCCGUUUAACUCGAAGAUUAAAUCCAGAGAGGGUGGGAGUAUUUGCUGAUUAUGAUGGAGGUCUGGUCUCCUUUUAUAACGUAGAUACUGCUGAUCUUCUCUACUCCUUUACUGGUUGCUGCUUUGCUGAGAGACUUGUGCCUUUCUUUAGUCCCUGCACUAAUAUUGGAGGUACAAACUCUGCUCCUCUGAUUAUGGUAAAUGGUAAAUGGACUGAACUUGUAUAGCGCUUUUCAUUUUGACCACUCAAAGCGCUUUACACUAGAGUCACAUUC